CGGUGCACGUCACUGAUAGGUGAUUCUGGUAGGUGAUAUACUGAUACGCUACUGCAGGUGCAGAAUAUACUUCUAGUCCUAGGUAGCUUCUGGAGUGUUCGAGAAUGAGCCAGGGGCAGCCAAGGAGGCCGUCCGACCAGCAGCAGGCGGCCGGCGGCGAGCAUGGCGCCGUCCGCUACGGCGACGUGUUCCCAGCGGUGAGCGGGGGCCUCGCGGAGAAGCCUGUCGCGCCACAGGACGCGGCCACGAUGCAGUCGGCGGAGAGCCUGGUGUUCGGCUUCGGCCAGACGAUCAGGGGCGGCCCCGGCGCCACCAUGCAGUCCGCGGCCACCACCAACGAGCGGAUGGGCGUCGUCGGCCACGACCAGGCCACGGACGCCACCGCCGUGCAGGGCGUCACCGUCUCCGAGACCCGCGUCCCGGGCGGCCGCCUCGUCACAGAGUUCGUCGCCGGCCAGGUAAUCAUCAAACACUUAACGCCCCCUUCUGCUCUGUCUCUGCGUUUGCAGCUAGCACGUGUAUGCUGUGCGCAGGCUGUUGGCCAGUACCUUGCCCCGGAUGAUGCCACGGCUGGUGGCGCCGCCGGAGCAGGAGGUGUCGCUGCUGCUGGCGUGGUGGAUAACACGAAGGUGACGAUCGGCGAGGCGCUGGAGGCGACGGCGCUGGCCGCGGGUGACGAGCCGGUGGAGCGCAGCGACGCGGCGGCCAUCCAGGCGGCGGAAGCGAGGGCUACCGGGCUGCACGCGAACGUCCCCGGCGGGCUGGCCGCGCAGGCGCAGUCAGCCGCGGCGGCCAACGAGUGGGCGGCGCGCGACGAGGACAAGACCACGAUCGGCGACGUCCUCGCGAACGCGACGGCGAAGCUGGUGGCGGACAAGACGGUGGAGAGCGCCGACGCGCUGAGGGUGGCCGGCGCGGAGAACCGCAACAAGGGAGACGCGACGGCGAGGCCCGGGGGCGUGGCGGCGUCCAUGGCCGCGGCCGCGAAGCUCAACCGUGAUGAGGCUGUCUGGGAACAGUGAAGGGUGCGCCGUCUCGUCGCGCAGCCAUGAAGACGUGUCCAGGAGAGCCUAGUUUUGCGUCUGCCACGAGUGUUUUUUUUUAAACAUGCAGGCUGCAUGCACAUGCAUCCUCGGUUUAGGCCCAGUCGGGGUCUCCUUUGUUCGCUCUCUGCUCACGCUCCACGCAGCUGAAAAGUUUCUUCUUUUCUCUUUUUUUUUUAACCCCGUGUCGUGUGUCAAAUGGGUCCGCCUCAACUCUCGGCAUCAGCCGAGAGGCUUGGUGUCGUACUGUCGUGCGACGUGCGCACACGUGUGAUGUAAGAUACGCGUCAGUGCAGGACCAAUGUAAGAUACCAAAGUUCACCUGCAUGUUUGGUGGUCAGUGCAAAGA